AUGUUAAUUCUAGUGGGCUCGCCAGACCUGGCGGGACACGAGCUACGGGACAAACACCUGCACACUGCUGUAGAAGGCACUGGUGACGAAAAAGCUUCAAGGAUCGCGGCUUCAAAACCAUCCUUUCAUCUGACGGCCCCCAAUGGCUGGAUGAACGACCCCUGCGGGCUUGGCUAUGACCCUGCGACAGGACUAUACCAUGUAUUCUUCCAAUGGAAUCCAUACGGCAAUGACUGGGGCAACAUGUCUUGGGGCCAUGCCACUUCCACCGACCUUGUCUCGUGGAAAGUAUCACCUGUGCCAGCUCUGACGCCCUCCACGGAGUAUGAUCACUGCGGUAUCUUCACUGGUUGUCUGCGCGCAACAGAUGUCUAUGGAAAUCCCGGGGCUUUGACAGCUAUGUACACGUCUGUCCGGCAUCUUCCACUCCAUUAUACCCUGCCGUAUAUCACCGGCUGCGAGUCUCUCAGUCUAGCUGUCUCCAAUGAUGGGGGCAAGACAUGGGAGCGCCAGAGCUGCAAUCCGGUCCUCUCCGGUCCCCCUCCGCAUCUCUCGGUAACAGGCUGGCGUGACCCCCAGCUCACCACUUGGCCUGGGGAGAAGCAGCGAACGAGCUCGGAUAUUCCCCAAUCACCACUAUACGGGAUUGUAUCCGGUGGUAUUGUCGGCCAAGCGCCUGCGAUUUUUGUCUAUACAGUCAAUCCGACUGACCUCCGGCAAUGGACGUAUAUCGGCCUCCUGGUCAAUGUCGGCCUCAACUUUCAUCCAUCACGCUGGUCAGGAGAUUUCGGUGUCAACUGGGAGGUUGGCAACCUGACUACGCUGACCAACGACGCUGGUGACUCCCGAGACUUUGCAGUCAUGGGUGUUGAGGGGUGCCUGCGCUCUGAAAGUUCGCUUUGGACAACCCCCGGUUCAGCUCGGCACAGACGACAGGCUCGGUCCCAGCUGUGGAUGUCUAUCAAGACACGUAAUGAUACCGCGGGCUGUCAUGGCGCUUUGGCAGAGUAUGCGUUCGCUGGAUACUUCGAUCAUGGCUGCUUGUACGCUGCCAACUCCUUCUGGGACCCUCAAACCUCUCAGCGCAUUGUGUACGGAUGGGUCACCGAGGAGGAUCUACCCGACGAGCCUCGUCAUCGCCAAGGAUGGAGCGGCAUGAUCUCGAUUCCUCGAGUGAUGCAUCUAAUGACAAUCUAUCGAGUCACGCAAGCACGCACUUCACAGCUAGAAUCGAUUACCUCCAUUGAAGCUGUCCCCGACACAUCUGGAACGGGUACAUUCACGAUCCACACCCUGGGAAUCAGCCCAGACCCGCGACUCUCUCUCCUGCGAGAUGGGGCCCAAAAAAGGCAGCUUCCGCCCUCUUCUUUAUCUGCGCCUCUACACGCACAGUCGGAACACUAUCUAACCUUGGCUUCGGCCCGCUGGGAACUCGAGGCUGAAAUUUCAGUACGUCAGCCAUGCGAGCGGGUGGGCAUUGAAAUAGCGCAUACUGCCGAAUUCACGCAUUGUACAACCCUCGCAUGGAACCCUGCCACGGAGUCAUUCACCGUCCACCGACCCCCACUAGAAGACACAGAAAUCAAUCACGGAUACGAGUCUGCAUCGCAUACACUAUUCACUAGGGUCAACCAACAAGGCGACGAAGUUGAAGAGACCUUGCAAAUCCACGCUUUCUUUGACAAGAGUGUGUUGGAAGUCUUUGUCAACAGCAGAACGGUCAUCUCAACCCGGAUUUACCACCCAUCAGGUCAGUGCUUCGGGAUCCGAUUUUUCGCAGAACGAAACAGCAGCCAGCCCGGAGACGAACCGGCGUUACUUCUGAGGGCCGAUGCGUGGGAUGGACUUGGGACUCGCCGAGAAUCAGCGGUAAUGAACCACGCCAACAAUCACCGUAAUACUCCCCUACAGCAACAACCUUAG